AUGUUCUGGGUUGGAAGAAAUAAGAAUAGUGAAAUAAACAUCGGCUUCCAAUUUUCUUUUUCAGAAACUAUAAUUCACUUUCCAGAAGUCAAAGAUGGCAAAUGUUUCUUUCCAUUCCAUUACAAAAAUGGAAUAUUCUAUGACUGCAUCAAGCUCAAGACGAAACACAAGUGGUGUUCCCUAAAUGAGACUUACCAAGGCUAUUGGAAAUACUGCUCUGAAGACGACUUUGCAAAAUGCGUGUUUCCCUUCUGGUACAGACACAUGAUCUACAGGGAAUGUACUGAAGAUGGGGAUGCCUUUGGGAAAAAAUGGUGUUCCCUGACCCAGCAUUAUAACAAAGACAAGAUUUGGAAAUAUUGUGACUGA